GUAUAUAUAUAGAUAGAAAAAAGUAGACACAAAUUAAGAAAUAUCAGAUAAAGAAGUCAUUUCGACGUAUAUCACACAUUCAAGCAAGUCACAAAAAUGGGGUUUUGGUCGUUGUUUGAGACCGCGUCCAUGCCCAUUUUGGAGGUGUUGUUAGUCUGUUCUGUUGGGGUCGUCAUUGCCACCGAUUACUUUAAUCUUCUUUCUCGUGAUACCCUCAAGUCACUUAAUAAGAUUGUAUUUAUGGUGUUUACACCCUCGCUUAUUUUCGCUAGUCUUGCAAAAACAGUUACCCUUGAAGACAUUAUAUCUUGGUGGUUUAUGCCAAUAAAUAUUGGAAUAACAUUUCUUUGUGGAGGAAUGUUGGGAUGGAUAGCUGCAAAACUAAUUAAACCAAAGCCACAUUUGGAGGGACUACUUAUAGCUAUGUGCUCCACAGGUAAUCUGGGGAACAUUCUUUUGAUAAUUGUUCCUGCAAUCUGCAAUGAAGGUGGUGGUCCUUUUGGAGAAAAUGGUGUUUGCAAGUCCAAAGGACUUUCUUAUUCAUCGUUCUCCAUGGCGUUGGGCAGUUUCUACAUUUGGACAUACACUUUCCAGUUAUUGAAAAGCUCGAGUUUAAGGUACAUCACAAUGUUAGAAGCAGAGGAUCCACCACAGGAACCCAACAAAGACUCGGAUACAAAUGAGAAAACUACUCUGCUAAAUGGAGAAACCCAAGAAUAUAUCGAUGUAGUUGUGCCAGUAUCAUACUCCACUAGUGAUGACACACAAAUCCAACCCAGUUUACACCAAGGAUUGGUAGCCAAAACUGACAAAACGAAUGGGUUUUCUAGUAAACUAGUUGAUAUAUUCCACAAGAUAUUGGAAGAACUGACAGCUCCUCCAACACUUGGUUCUAUUAUAGGAUUGGUCUUUGGGGCAACCCCAUGGCUGAAAAACCUAGUAAUUGGAGAUAAUGCUCCAUUACGAGUGAUCCAAAGUUCCGUCACGCUACUCGGGGAUGCAACCGUACCUUGCAUAACCCUUAUACUAGGCGGCAACCUAAAACAAGGUUUCCGAAGGGCAAGCAUCAGACCUGUCAUUAUCGUCACAAUCAUUUGUGUACGAUAUGUGAUUCUUCCACUGGUGGGAAUCAUGGUGAUUAAAGCAGCUGCUAGCCUUGGAUUACUUCCCUCAGACCCCCUCUUCAGUUUUGUAUUGUUGAUUCAAUACACCGUGCCCCCUGCCAUGAAUAUCAGUACGAUGACACAAUUGUUCAAUGUGGGGCACGAGGAGUGUUCGGUGUUGACCAUGUGGAGUUACAUAGCUGCAGCAUUUGCUCUUACAGGAUGGUCAACAGUGUUCAUGUGGAUCUUGACAUGAUCAUUCUUUUGGAAUACAUCAAUUUAAACAAGCAGUUAAUAGAAAAGCCCAAAUGGGCAUACUUACUCAUUUAGUGGGUGACAACAAUGUGUCAAGAUACUCACACAAAGCUUCUGCAGUUUGUCCACAUUGUUCUUAUAAUUCUUUUUAGGAUUUUACGUAUUGCCAUGUACAUAAAAAUUUACAGCUUAGUAAGACCAAAUAUUGAUUAAA